GGAACCGACAGUCGGGUAUAUAAAGUUAGUUACGGGACUGCAGGGUCAGUUGCGAGGUGUGACUGGCUUGGCAAUGAUGUUGGUGUUAGAGGUUGUUACCACGGCACUUCUUCUGCUCGCUGGAGCGACGGCCCAGAAGCCUACGACCCUAGGUGAGGAUGCUUCUUCCCUCCCAGCAGCCGUAACGGAAAACGGCCCGCUCUUCGACGCCUUGUCGAACUCGGCCGAGAACCAUUCCACCGAUGAGGCCGCGUUCACUAGGGAGGAGGUCUUCGGGAAGGGCCUCGACAGCGAGGAGAACUCGGAGUACGAUGUCGAAAUCGAGGACGAUUAUAACGACGACGAAGAAGACGAUGACGAUGACGACGAUGAUGAUUUCGAGGACGACGAAGACGACGAUUGGACUAAUUCGGACGCUUAUCAAGAGGACAUGGACGACCUAGACUUAGACGCCCUGCACGAGAUCUACGGCGAGGAAGAGACGAGAGCCGAGGACGACGACGAAGUCGAGGACGAGGACAGCAAAGAGAGGUUCAAGAGGAAGAUCAUCUACCGCGGCCAGGGCGGCGGAGGCAUCUACAGCCGCGGGGGCCGAAGGGGGCAAGGGGGCGGUGGCGACGAGGACCCAUACGGACGCAGGAGGGACCACUACGGCGGCGGCCCGUCAGACUCGUGGCCCUACAGGAGCCAGGACUCCCGCGACCAGUCAGCGGGCCAGAUGACACCCAGCACGACGGGAGGUUCCUCCACCGCCGGGAAGGCAGAGACGGGGGCAGCCGGCGCCAUUUACGGGACGCCCAGGAAGACAGAAGCCGACGGCGGGGCGGCAGUUAGGUCUCCCUCAGGAGGAGGAGCUGCUGCUGGUUCUUCUACUUCGAACUCCUCUGGGAGGAACUCAGGCAAGAGGACCAAGACGGAGCGACGGGAGACUUCCUCCAAAUCGAAGCUGUCGAAGAACCUCAAGCACGAGAUCGCGCAGUACGCGAUGCGCCACGGGCCGCAGAACGCCGCAGAGCACUUCCAGGAGCGCGUCGGGCGGAAGCUGAAAGUGAAGAAGAUCGAGAAAUUCAUCCGCAGGUACCAGGAGAGGCAGUGAGGUCUCCGGAGAGGGAGGGAGGGAGGCAGGUGGCAAGAAGAGAGAGACCUUCCCUGAUACCUAAUCGCCAUAACUAUCAUGAGUCUUCUUUUUUUUAAAACCAGUCCACAACAAUUUCCACUUUAUUGUAAGCCUUUUUUUAAACCAAUCCAUAAUUUUCCCCUUUAUUGUGAGCCUUCUUGUUUCUUUUUUUUAACCAAUCCAUAUUUUUCCCCAUUUUAAACAAUCCAUAAUUUCCCCCUUAUUGUGAGAUUUUUUUUUUAUUAUAACCAGUCCAUAAUUCUCCCCCAUUAUGAGGUUUUUAAAACUAAUCCAUAAUUUCGCCCCUCCCCAUAUUAUGAGUUUUUUCAUACCAACCCAUAAUUCCUCCCACAUAUGAUGACCUUUUUUUCAAACCACUCCCCAUAUUAUGAGUUUUUUUAACUACUCUAUAAUCCCCCCUCAUAUUAUGAGUUUUUUUAACCAAUCCAUAAUUCACCCCAAUAUUAUGAGUUUUUUUUUUCAAACCAAUCCAUAAUUCACCCCCAUAU